AUGGGUGGUUCGGCGAAAGGACGUGCCUCACGAGAUGGUAUUCUGCCAAUGAUGGACAGUGUCCAGUUUCUGUAUGUGAUUGUAUCUUAUAUACUGUUGAGUAUCAGACCAAUUAUUGUAGCGGGUGAAGCUAUAUUACACGACAGUCAAUCGUGUGCAGCCUACAGAUCUAAUUUCGCCAACGAAAAACCAACGUACUACCGAUGGAAUGGAUCAACUAUCCGGAAUUGCAUUACGGACUUCAGCAAAAGGACAUCAGUAAGGAAUCAUUACAUUUGUGUGGAAAUACUUAGUUUUGAAUUUGUUGACUGUUCUGCGGAUGUAGAGUACUAUGGAAUUAACCUCACAGCUCCUGCCAGGACGUUUAACUGUCAUACAAAACCUAAUACACCAAGAUGGUGCUGUAAUACUGAUGCAAUACAAAUCAAACUUAACAAUAAUCGAUCGACGACCAGUAACUUCUUCUUCCGGGUUUUUGCGAUAACCGCCGGAAGUGUUUACGACGACUGCCUUCCGCCCACUACAACGACGACAACCACUACAACCACAGACCCUUUCAACGCAGUAGUGCUGACUGAUAUUCCUGCAUGUAAAGCGAAUAGAGUAAAUAUGGUCGGCCCACAGCUGAAAUACUUCAAAUGGAAGGGAAUGUGGUCUAAUAGUUGCACAGUUGGAUUUCAUAAGAAACCAGACAUAUAUAGCGAUUCUUUAACGUGUAUAGAGAUUCUGAACAUCGCUAUCCACGACUGUUCUACACGUAUCCGAUUCUACGGACUUACAACGUCAGGUCGACCCUUUAAGACGCUGUCUUGUCAUACACAUAUAAAACCUCGCUGGUGCUGCAGCGUCAACACAAUCAACAUCAAGUUUGACGUCAUACAAUAUACCAAUGACGACGAACUCUUCUUCGGUGUAUACAAGGUCCCAGCCGGAUUCGUCGCCGAUGAAUGUCCGGAUGUGCAAAAUUUAGAUGAUUCGCCAUAUAUAAAUAGUUCCAACACCAUACAAAAAAGUCUUCUUAUCAUGUUAGGUUUGUUAUUGAUACCUUUAGCUGCCUUGGUAUUCUUACAUUCGGACCAUCAACACCUCCUGCCAGACUUCUGACUUCCU